AUGCAGAAAUUAUGGUUAUGCAAGUCAAAAUCGGAUGAUUCACUCCCAGACAGAAUCCUUAAAGAAUGGACAAGUUUUGCUUCACAGCUUCCGAUACUUGAAAAUAUUCAAAUGCCACGACAUUUCUUCAUCCAAAAUUCUGCAGUAAAAUGUAUUCAAAUUCAUGGCUUUUGCGAUGCUUCCCAAAAUUCCUUUGCUGCUGUCCUUUACAUGAGAUCAGAAUUUGAAGACGAGAAAGUCGAGAUUAGUUUAAUCGCUGCGAAAACCAGAGUCGCACCACUAAAAACAAUAGCGAUUCCUCGUUUGGAGCUGUGUGCAGCUGUAAUGUUAAGCCAACUCUACAAGGAUGUAGUUGAAAAUCUUGCCAUUCAAGUAGAUGAGUCAUUCUUUUGGACGGAUACCCAAAUAGUGCUUGAUUGGUUAAAUUCCGAACCUCAUAAAUGGAAAUCCUUCAUUUCUAAUAGGAUAUCGCAAAUUCAUACUAAUACUCAAGUCGAUGCCUGGCAUCACGUUGUAAGCAAAGAGAACCCUUGUACGCAUUUUUUUGCCAUGUGCAGAGAUCAACGCGUCACAUGUCAAUUUGACGAUAGUCAAGAUAUUUUGCGAGAUUCUAAAACAAUCAGCGCUGAAACUUUCGAUAUUUGA